AUGGCCGCGGCUGUCGCCAUGGAGACAGAUGAUGCUGGAAAUCGACUUCGGUUUCAGUUGGAGUUGGAAUUUGUGCAGUGUUUAGCUAACCCUAAUUAUCUUAAUUUUCUUGCCCAAAGAGGUUACUUCAAAGACAAAGCUUUUGUUAAUUAUCUUAAGUACUUGCUUUACUGGAAAGAACCAGAAUAUGCCAAGUAUCUAAAGUACCCUCAGUGUUUACACAUGUUAGAACUGCUCCAGUACGAACACUUCCGCAAGGAGCUGGUGAAUGCUCAGUGUGCGAAAUUUAUCGAUGAGCAGCAAAUCCUGCACUGGCAGCACUAUUCCCGGAAGCGGAUGCGCCUUCAGCAAGCCCUGGCAGAGCAGCAGCAGCAAAAUAACACCUCAGGAAAGUGA